CGGACUGGAGCUGGAGGUCGGGCAGGCGAGUUGAGCGGUCCUGGCGGUCGGGGCUGCGCUGCUCAUCCUUCAGAACUCAGCCGCUCCCAGGUCUCUGACCCCCUGCUUUUCAUUUCUGCAAGGAAAGAGGGGAGCAAAAAAGGCUGUCAGCAGCAAGGGAGCCGUGAGCCAUUCUCUCUUUAUUACCGCCAUUCACAAAACCAUCCCAUCCCAUCAUCCCGCCGAUGUGGAGGCAUGCGCCGCCGCCGCACACGGGAGGCUCCUAUUGACUGCUGAGGCUUGACGCCGCUCUCCAACACUCGCUCCUUUUCAUCUCCACGUCCACGAUUCGAGCCUCAUUGUCCCCGGUGCUCAGGAAUCUGCUGCCGUUGGGCUGAAGAGGGGGUUUCUGUCCGCGCAGCGCCGCCGGCGAGGGAGGUGAGGGGGGACCUGUGCUGGAGGAAGAGCCGAGGAGGUGGGAUGAAAACAGCCCAGACUCAGAGCCUGAGCCGCCGCGUGAAGCAUCCCUUUGCUCUGACGCUCUCCACGUCCUGAGCGCGAGACGGCGGCGUGCGGGAUCCAGAGCGGCAGCUGGUCCCACUGUUGCUAAGCAGAGCCUCUGACCUGAAGGUCCCCACAUCUGCAGCCAUGAAGGGCAGCUCCGAGGACAGCAUCGAGAGCGUCAGGCCGUCCAACCUGCAGGCGUUCGCCAACAUCUCCACCCUCCACGGCAUGAGUCACAUCUUCGCCUACGGCCACAUGACUUUCCGCCGCUUCCUCUGGACUCUGUCCUUCCUGGGCUCGCUCAGCCUGCUGAUGCUGGUGUGUAUGGAUCGCGUGUCCUACUACCUGGAGUACCCCCACGUCACCAAGCUGGACGAGGUGGCGGCCACCAACCUCACCUUCCCUGCCGUCACCUUCUGUAACCUCAACGAGUUCCGCUUCUCCAAAAUCACCCGCAACGACCUGUACCACGUGGGCGAGCUGCUGGCACUGCUCAACAACAACUACCAGAUCGCCAACCCUCACCUGGCCGAGCCCGAGGUCCUGGCCGCCCUCAAGGACAAGGCCAACUUCCACAACUUCAAGCCCAAACUCUUCAACAUGACGGACUUCUACAACCGCACGGGUCAUGACAUCGGCGAGAUGCUGCUCCAGUGCACCUUUCGAGGAGAGGAGUGUUUCCCAGUCAACUUCACCACAAUUUACACCCGCUACGGCAAGUGCUACACCUUCAACUCGGGCCUGGACGGCAACCCGCUGCUCACCACCCUGAAGGGCGGCACCGGCAACGGCCUGGAGAUCAUGCUGGACAUCCAGCAGGACGAGUACCUGCCGGUGUGGGGGGAGACAGAUGAGACGUCCUACGAAGCCGGGAUCAAGGUUCAGAUCCACAGCCAGGACGAGCCGCCCUUCAUUGACCAGCUGGGCUUCGGAGUGGCUCCUGGUUUUCAGACUUUCGUGUCUUGUCAGCAGCAACUGCUUCAGUACCUCCCUCCUCCGUGGGGAGACUGCAAGUCCACCCCCAUCGACUCCGAGUACUUCUCCACCUACAGCAUCACCGCCUGCCGGAUCGACUGUGAAACCCGCUACCUGCUGGAGAACUGCAACUGCAGGAUGGUGCACAUGCCGGGGAGCUCCACGGUGUGCACCCCGGAGCAGUACAAGGACUGCGCUGACCCAGCGCUAGACUUUUUGGUAGAGAAAGACAACGAUUACUGUGUGUGUCAGACCCCCUGCAACAUGACUCGCUAUGGCAAGGAGCUGUCCAUGGUUAAGAUCCCCAGUAAGGCCUCUGCUAAAUAUCUGGCUAAGAAAUUCAACAAAAGUGAGCAGUACAUCGGGGAGAACAUCCUGGUGCUGGACAUCUUCUUUGAGGCUCUCAACUACGAGAAGAUAGAGCAGAAGAAGGCCUAUGAAAUCGCCGGACUGCUGGGAGACAUCGGCGGUCAGAUGGGUCUCUUCAUCGGCGCCAGCGUUCUGACCAUCCUGGAGAUAUUCGACUACCUGUACGAGGUGUUCAAGGACAAGAUUGUGGGUUACUUCAUGCGCAAGAAGCGGCCGCAGCGCUGUCAGAGCGACAAUCUGUCCAUUGUCACCUCACCCCUCAAACAACCGUGUAGCGAAGAGUUUCCAGAGAACCCAACCAGCCCUGGUGUCACGCCCAAUCAUGCCCCCAGAGCACCUGUGACACCCUCCGGAGUCACUCGGACAGUCUCGGAUUCGCGCCGAACAUGCUACCUUGUCACCCGGCUCUAGGCAACCUGGAGGAGUUUGCCUGUUGACAGGACUGCUCAGUGGCUGUCUGGGGACUGGACGGAAAACUGUGAAACCAUUUCCAUAUUUAGCCGAGAAAAGAAUCCACGCCUGAAUAGAAUCACUAGAAGAAGAAAACCUCCCAAACAGAUCUCAGGUUCAACUGCCCCGUCGAGGCGUUUAUUUAUCCAUGUGUUUGUGCGGCUCCGCCCAUCGCCAGAGGGACGUUUGGUGUUUGUUUCCGCUGGUUUGUGUUGCAGCGUCUCUGCUGCGCUGAGUGACCUCAUCGUCUGUCACCGUGUAAACACCAGAGCCUCUCUUUCAGCCCAGGACACGAAUGUUGCCUUCUGACACUCUUGCUUUGACUGUCACGCCCCACGGGCCGAGCGGCGCUCGGGCGGCGCUCGGGCGGCGCUCGGGCGGCGCUCGGGCGGCACAACCUCCCCAGACCCAAGCAGCUAGUUCGACUUAGCGCUUCAGCUGAGGCGAGCGGCAGGGGAGGUCCGAUCCUGACCAGACCCGCUGCGACUGAAGGCCAGUGGCCUGGCUUUGGGGGCCUCCUUCCUCCCUAAACCACCCAAUAUGACAAGUGCCGGCAGCACCUGAUGUACUCAUCAGACUGCAGGAGAAAAUAAAAGAAGCUGAUUUUUUUUCACAGGAAAAGACCCACGACCCACCUGUGGGUUCUGACCCGGUCCAGAUAGUAAAACUGAUCUGGGCUGGAUAUACUCCAGGCCACAUGCCCCUCGAACUCUGCGGCAGGUGUCCGUCUGGGCGGAUCCAGACCAGAUCCAGCCACAAGUCAUCAGAUCUGGGCCGGAUCCAGCUGCUGUCUGGCACCAGUUACGAACCACUGGUCCAAGAUAUCUUGACUUGAGAGACUAUUUCGACGUCAACAGGCUGAAAGGUUAAGCUAGGUCAAGAGUUAGCUGGCUAAUGUGUAGCUUUAGCAUGGCCGCUUGCAUGCAGCGAGCAGGCGAGCGAGGACGACGCUGGCUGUCGGCUGGGCUCACAGCUGGCGCUCGCACCUGAGCUAGCAUCACAGUCGCCGCUAGGCUACACCAGAGCAUUGAGUGGUGUUGAGCGUCAGGGCAAGUGGAUUCAUGAACGCAGAAGAAAGUGAGUUGCUAAUGUUUAACGCGGGUCACAGAAGAGCUAGGUGUGUUGAGCUUGGGCUCGCUAAGCUAAUUUGGCGGGUUAGCGGUGAACAUCUUGCACCAGCUGGGGUUCAUGGACUACAGAGGUUGGUCCAUUCCCAGGUGAGAGUUGGGCGGUUUUGACCUUGUGAGUCACAGUUCAGCUAGGAAAAGUGGCCAGUGCUGGGUCCUGGGACUUCCAUAGCAAGUCGAGCGUUGUGCAGCCCGAGCACACGCCACCGUCUCCUGGCAGGACGGUCCUGCUGGUGGGGCAGGAGACGAUGAGCCGGGCCUCGUGAGUGAGGGAACUGUGGGAUGUAGGGGGGGCAACAUUGGGACGUAAAUGUGGAAACAGAAGUGGAAAAAAAAGUGGAUAUUUUUCUCCAUUGAAACUUGAAGUUUCUGUUCAUCUCCAAACGUUGCCCCUCCUGGCUUUCCUUCCAGAAGACAGGAGAAGUGUCCGCCAAGAGUGCGAGGCGUUUUUGACAGGGAACCUUGGGCCUGAAAGAGAGCAGCGGGUCUGGCGGGUCUUUCAAGACUCCACGAUUGUUUCCCAUUUCCUGGGACGCACUGUGACAGACGGACUGAACAGAGACUGUAAAUGCUGUAAAGUUAGCUGUUGACUUAGACUAGAAGCAAUCGGGCUUUUCUUUGCCUUAUUUACUACUGAACAGCAGCGUACCGUCAUCAGUGUCUUAGCGGUGUUCAUCAGCACAAAGGCCGCGGUGGUCCCCAGCGCUGAUCCGAGCCCUGUGUUGGAGGCAGACCACGUGUCGCAGUGGUGUCGGAGGGCAGAGCGACUGCACCUCGCCUUCCAGUUUUGUAAUGACUGGGGUGACUGGACUUCAUUAGAACAGAAUUGCCUCAAACAGCGCCCCCUUUCGCUCGCUUCAUUUAUAACAGAAAUGCAUUGUACAGUUUUACCGUGGUAUCCUGUUAUUACUCUUAUUAUCAAGACCAUGUAACGAGUCACAAAGAAGGGUUUGUGAUGUAUAAACCAAGUAUAAUAAACUCUAUUUACACCAAUCACGAGCGAGGCUGUCGCUGCGCUUCCUGUCCACACGAGUUCAGGGCCAUGUUCAUCAUCUUCCAAGCGCAAGGCGCAGGACUGCAGCCAACGUGACCUCUGUGAAGGGUGUGUUGACGACUGUCGGUGGUGUGAAGCACAAGCCCCUGGAGAUCAGCCAUGCAGCCAAAAUGGCCGACACUGUUACAGACGCUGUGUUGUUAGUCAUGCGAGUCCUCAUUAAAGAUCAUACACAAGUGACUCUGUUGUGUCAUGAGCAAUAAAUGAGUUCAACCUCGUUGUUGCCCAACGAUUUUUUUUUACCGCCGCCGUUUGAUUUGAGGGUGUUUAUGGAGACGAGACACCGUCACUCUCGGGCCAUGACAGCGGAGGUUUGGGAAGCUCAGACGAGCCCUGACCUCCGGCUGGCUGCUCGAGUGUGAGACGCUGAAGUCGCCACAGUACCUGAUGGUCUGACAUGGUCCUGAUACGUAAAGUCCGC